AAUGAAAUUGUCUAUGCUCGCACUGACGCUCCCCGCUGCUCACCCGCGAUGUCGGCCACCUGUCAAAUGUCAUGUUAGGCAAGUCAACGAACCGAUAACCGAUGAACUUGGCGGUUUAGUUGAUAAUUAAUCAAACUAAGCAGAAAUGCCCCCUAAAAAGCGUGAUAAAGACAAUGAAACAACAAAAAACUCUAAAAUUGACCAUCUCCAGGCCGAUCAUGAGCUGUUUUUGCAAGCAUUUGAAAAACCAACACAAAUAUACAGAUUUCUGCGAACUCGUAACAUGCUAUCGCCGAUUUUCCUGAAUAGAACAUUGUCGUAUAUGAAGCGGCGGAUGUCUAGGAGCAAUAAAAGUCGCGUGGGGUUCAAGGUCAGCUCUUUGCUGGAGAAAAUCACCUUGAAGAAGAGUACAGAGCUGCAACCUAACAGCUUGGGAGGGUACAUGACCCUGACUUUCCUGGGCUUUUAUGACAAGAGCUUGGUGGAUCCCAGAGACUACCAAGUGAAAGUAGAGACCUUGCUGCUCAAGAUAUGUCAUAAAAAGAGGAAAGAGAGCUCAUCUGACGUUAUGGAAGUUUCAAUUGGCACCUGCUCACUGCCACUUAACCCGUCCACUUCGGAGCCCCCCACCAUGGCUUCAGCUGUCAGCAUCUCCAGCGUCACCUUCAGUCCAUCGCAGGGGCCUAACGUCAAGUCUUACAUGCUUAUGCUCAAAGUCACGGUCACAAGGAACUCGGGGAACGCUGCCAAUGGCAGUAGCAGCUCUACGGAAAUCAUGAAUGGAGAUAGUGAAGAACCAGCCACAAAACGCCUGAAGUCAUCGGAGCAUGUCAACAAUCCGUCUCCCGACAGCAAAUGGAGCAAGCUCUACGGCAGUGAGCUGAUAGUGUAUGACAAGCACAACCGCUGCCUGCUUACUAACGGAGAGUAUGAUCUGGUGCUGCAUGACGUGACCCCGGGUGGACGGAGCACAACCCUGGCCAGGUCUCCGCAUAAGGCUCUCAUGGCUCAAUGGGAGACUAUUCCUAAUGAAAAUGAAAUGCAAACCGACAUAAACCCGUUCGACAUCUUCAAAGUGAGGCCGCUCCUCAAACUGAAGCUCAGCUGGAGCCAGGAACCGACCAACGGGCUGGUGAACCGUCCCAAGCUGUACCAACAGGAGGCUAAUGGUGCUAAGAAGGAUACUCUCACCGCUAAGGAUAGACCUUCGGGGAGCCAGCAGAAGAAUGGGAAUGAGGCGAAAAAUAGGGACAAAUCCAAAUCAGACUCAAGCGAAGAGAACAAACGCCAACAGAUCAUCUACCAGUUCCUGUACAACAACAACUCGCGGCAGCAGACUGAGGCUUGCGACGACCUGCACUGUCCGUGGUGUUCCCUCGACUGCGGGACACUCUACUCUUUGCUGAAGCAUUUGAAGCUCUGCCAUUCGAGAUUCAAUUUCACUUAUUUCCCAAUCCCGGCCGGCGCUCGCAUCGACGUGUCCAUCAACGAGUUGUACGACGGGUCGUACACGGGCUCGCCGCACGACCUGAUCGCGGCGCAGGGCCGCUCCGCCGCCGCCGGCCCGCGCGCCGGGCCUACGCGCCGCACCAGCCUCACCAGAGUACUCAUAUGGAGGCCGAGGGCGCGCCGACGCCCGCAGAGACACAGUCUGGCUGAGUUUUUGGAGCUAGAUGAUAGUGAGUUGGUCGAAGCUCAGCGGCCGUAUCUUACGGGACAUAAUCGCCUCUAUCAUCACACGAUCACCUGCCUCCCAGUAUACCCUAACGAGCUAGACAUAGACUCGGAAAACGAGACCGACCCGCUCUGGCUCCAACAGAAGACCAUGAUGAUGAUAGACGAGUUCACCGACGUGAACGAGGGCGAGAAAGAGCUGAUGAAAAUGUGGAACCUCCACGUGAUGAAAUACAACUAUGUCGGAGACUGCCAGAUCCCGCUAGCUUGCCAAAUGUUCCUCCAGAUGAAAGGAAAACAACUCCUCGAGAAAAACCUGUACAGAAACUUUAUACUCCACAUGUGUUCGUUGCACGACUUCGGGCUUCUGAGCCCGGUAGCGCUCUACCAAACGGUGCAAGCGCUUAAUCAAAUGCUAGCGGACAACGCUGAAGCCAAAGAAAAAAUGAGGGAAUCGCUCAAAGCGCAGCGGGACCACUGGAACGCGGUAGGCAAAUACCAGCAACCGGUGGUGAUCGAGCAGAAACCGCAGAACAACACGGCUAAAUUAAACAGUGUCGAAGCCUCUCCAUCCGUUAGAAGAAAGACUUCCAAUCUUAAUAAUAGGAUCAAUACCCCGAGCACUAGUUACAAAAACGCCCCGAGCACCUCCAACGGUGACACUAAGAGAAAAAUGUCUUCGGGUAGUAUUCAGAGCCGCAAGCGGUCGUCGAUAUCAGAGCGGAAGCGAUCUGUAUAGCGAAUACUGACGCGCUCGGGGAUGCGGUGACGCGUCGAGUCGAGGCUAAGUACAUUGUGAAGGCUCUAGCGGGGCAUUUU